UGGUCUAAUAUUGAUGCAAUAUUAAAUAGACACAUUGGCUAAAUAAGAAAAGGCGUCCAUCUUACAGCAUUGGAUCAACAUUGAGAAAACUAGAUUUACAUUACUUCCCAAUAUGGCGCCAAUAUAUUGUGCUACUAGGGAUGUGUUUUUUACAUUGAGUGAAAAAUUGUAACAUAAAUGCAAUGUAAUUGACCCUCGGUGUUCACUGCGGCCUGGAGUACUUCGGGGAACAAAAAUGAAGAUGUUAAGAUCAAUCGUAAUGAGACAAGUUGAUUCGAAGGGUAACAAUCUGCGAAAACGUGCGCUAGUCGUGCGCGAAGUCGUGCAAGGUCGGAUUACGCUCGUCUCGGAUUUUACGAGGAUCACGUCCUCGGCGCCUCCGCGGAAUCCCGGGGAUCCCGCGAAAACACUCGGCAUUGGCAUUCCCAUUUGCGGCUCUUUGUGCCGCAACUGGUACACUCCUCCCUUCGGGGGCACGGGAUCCUCUUUCUCGCUCGCUCGCUCGCGCGGGCGAGCGCGUGCAGCGAAACCGCAGGUAGCCGACGACAGGCGUGUGCGGAAUGCCAUGUGCGCGUGUUGGUGCGUGCGUAUCCCGCGUAACACGAAAACGAGCGCCGGGUCGCUCGCGUAUAUAAGGCCUGCUGCACUCGAAAUGGAAUCAGUCUCCGAUAUGUUGCGUCCAUUGCAUUUCGUGUUGUUCUUCGCGGCCUUCCUCGCGUUCGCCGCCGCCGUGGAAACCGGGGGACCCCCGAACGUGCAGAGUGAGGUCGAGCCGCAGCCGGAUGCGAAUGCCAACGAUCUAGAAGCGGAUGCCACGUACUGGGGAUACGGACGACCAUAUUAUAGAUACUACGGUGGCUGGGGAGGUUACGGCAGAGGAUACGGUUUGGGAGGAUGGGGGGGCGGCUGGAGAGGAGGAUACUGGGGCGGUCGAGGCUGGGGUGGACGAGGAUAUGGCGGUUGGGGCUGGAAUUACUGGGGUUGACGUGAGCGUCGCAUCCAACCCGCGUGAUACUCUUAUCAACGUAGCCCUCGGUCUCCUUCGUAUAAAUUUUCUCUAAGAUACGUGAAGCUCUUCAACAGCUUCAUUAGCUUACGAAGUUCUCAUUGAAAUCUCCAUUGUACGAGAAUAAAAACAGAUCUGUGAAGGAAA